AGAACGAAUCUUCUUCACAGUGUAUCUUCUCUAUCUAACAAACCAAAACAAUGGCGAUUCGUUGUGUUGCGAGUAGAAAAACCCUAGCCGGCUUGAAGGAGACAUCAUCGAGGCUUUUGGGAUUCAGAGGAAUCCAAACAUUCACGCUUCCUGAUCUUCCUUACGACUAUGGCGCUUUGGAGCCGGCGAUUAGCGGAGAGAUUAUGCAGAUUCACCACCAGAAGCAUCACCAGACUUAUGUUACUAAUUACAAUAAUGCUCUUGAGCAGCUUGAUCAGGCUGUGAACAAGGGUGAUGCUUCCGCUGUUGUUAAGCUACAGAGCGCUAUCAAGUUCAAUGGUGGAGGUCAUGUGAACCACUCUAUUUUCUGGAAGAAUCUUGCUCCUGUCAAGGAAGGUGGUGGAGAGCCACCAAAGGGAUCUCUUGGCAGCGCUAUUGACACUCACUUUGGCUCCCUUGAAGGUUUGGUGAAAAAGAUGAGUGCUGAAGGUGCUGCUGUGCAAGGCUCAGGAUGGGUGUGGCUCGGUCUAGACAAAGAAUUGAAGAAGCUUGUGGUUGACACAACUGCCAAUCAGGAUCCAUUAGUGACAAAGGGAGGAAGCUUGGUUCCUCUGGUGGGUAUAGAUGUUUGGGAGCACGCCUACUACUUGCAGUACAAAAAUGUGAGACCGGAAUAUCUGAAGAAUGUAUGGAAAGUGAUAAACUGGAAAUAUGCAAGCGAGAUUUACGAGAAGGAAUGCAACUAAAUCUUUCCGUAAAGAGAGAGAGGAGCCAGAGUUCCAGCUCGACCAUGUGUUAAGGUUGUCUGAAAUAACACACUUGUGAUGUCCCUCUUUUGGUCUUUUGAGUUAGCUCAAGUGAGUUGUUUGGUUAUACAUACGUUGUUUGACGAAUACUCCCAAGUUCCAAGAAUAAAAAGUUUUUGCUAUUAUUUUUGAAGA